CAAAAUGGGGAGUAUAAAUGGCUAUUUUGCUCCCAACAUGGGCAUAGGCAAGGAAGUGAAGGUGAAUUAAUGGCUACUUCAAUUGCAGCUGCAAUAGCAACAGGAAUAGGAAUGACAGCGACCUUCUGUAAGCCUCGUUUAACAAUAUCCAAUACUUGUCUUGGUCCUCUUCCGCGGGGGAGGGAGAAGGGGAUUCGGAAAAGCACGAGGAGCCGGCUAUCCUCCAAUUUCUUGGACAUGGCUCAGGGGAAAAAUAAGGGCUACCUUAUGGUCACCUGUGAAUCAACUGUUAGUACAGCAGCUCCAACAGAAUGGACACAGAAGACCUUUUCACUUCCUCCAUUUGGAAGGGGUUGCCAUAUGAUAACCCAGUAUAUAUAUCAGGCAGUUCCAGAAAUUAGUCAGUUUGAAGUUGGUCUCGCAAACUUGUUCAGUUUUCUUGUUACAUGUUUCUCAGUAAUGCACACUUCUGCAAGCUUGACUAUAAAUGAGAAUGCAAGUAGCGAUGUUCCGCUUGACAUGGAAGAUACCUUGAACCGGAUUGUUCCAGAGGGAAACCAUUAUCGCCAUUUGGAUGAAGGGUAUGACGACAUGCCUGCUCAUGUAAAGGCAUCAAUGAUGGGAUGUUCACUGGUUAUUCCUGUGAGAGCAGGAAGGUUCCAUCUGGGUAUUUGGCAGGGGAUAUGGUUGAACGAGCACCGAAACUAUGGUGGUCCAAGGAGGAUCUGUAUUACUUUGCAAGGAACAAGAAGGGCAGAUGGAAGGAAAUAUGCAUAAGGAAAAUUUAUUUAGUGUGGAAUCGUCUACAAAUUAUAUUUCUUAAAUGCUGGCCAACAGACUUUCAAAUUUAACUACACGAGAUUCAUUGUCUGAAAGCAAUUUGUUUGGCACAGGAAGUAUGCAUGAGAAAAUUCCAUUCUGGAAUCAUCUGCAAAUUCUUUUUCUUAAAUGUUGGCCAACAAACUUAAAAAUUUAUAUGAUUUACCAACUUGACAAAAUAGAAAUAGGGAAAUUUCAUAUCUACUGACUUUAAGUUACCUAGUAUUACCAUAAGUGUAGUAGUUUGGGACUUCAUGCUACCUAGUUUUAAGAACCACUUUUAAAUGUGUAUAUAAAUGGGGUUUAUCCAUAUGAACACAUAUUCUGUCAUUUCAUAUUUGUCUGAUCUCUGAACUUUCGACCCAUUGAAACAUAAUUUCAUCUUCCACAGGGUCCCAAUUUUAGGUACAAGGAAAAGGAGCGGGGAACAUGGGAAUCCGAAUAUAGGAUGUCCAGAAGCAUCCCCAAAAUCUUAGAUAUGAUAUGGGGAUGGGGGCUACAACAAUGGCUACACAUCCCCAUGAAUCAAAUGGUUUAGAUCAAGUUAGCCGAGCAGGUUAUUAUGUUUCCACAGAAUGUUUUUUCUAAUAAAUAAAUUUUUCUUACCAUGGUACUUUCUUGAUUC